AUGAUAGUAGUCUAUGGAUUCGAUCUAGGUCUAGGGAUGCAGCGAGCUAGUGUCGCCGCUCAAACGGAACCGGAGAGAAAGGAUGUCCCUACUGGGUUUGCGUUGAUGAUGUUGUCUCAGUCGUUGGGCGGUGCUGUCUUCCUGGCAGUCGCCCAGACGGUCUUCACCAAUGGCCUUGUCUCAAAUCUCCAAGGGGCACUACCGGAAUAUGAUAGCAAGAGCCUCGCCCAUGUUGUUGAAGGUGCGGGAGCAACUACUCUUCGUCAAGUUGUCGGUGGUCCAAAACCUGCCGGCGGUGUUGGUAGCUUAUAA